AUGGAAGAACGAACAAAAACAAGAAUUAAAAGAAUAAUGGAGUCACCAUACAACGUUGAAAUAACUCCAUUAGAUCAAGAUAAAAGUAGCAAACUACUUAAAUUGCUAUUCGAAGUUAUUAAUGAAGAAAACCCUUUAGUAAGUCUGCUCCUAACACAUGACGAAAUAAAAGAUAGCUUAGACCGUAAUAUGAUUAGAGCCAUCAUAUUAGUUAAAACUAUUCAGUAUGAAAAGUUUUAUAAGCAUAUUCCCAUAAUAGCCUCAUUGAAAAAUGUGCAUUUCGUCUUGAUCGAAAAAGAAUAUAUUGACUCAAGUGAAUUUGAUUGUUUAAAAAAUCCUAGUCUAAUUGGGAUAAAAAAAGCUGAAGAUAAAAAUAAUGAAUUAUCCAAUUUACAUGACCAAACAGAAAAUUUAGCAAAACUAAUAGACUCUUAUUAUACACCCAUAGAUAUCCCAUACUUGUUCAAUCAUACAAAUUAUAUUAAUACCAAAUUUAAAGUCGAAAAGGUCAAAGGAAAACAAUAUGGCAAGAACUUAUCACGAAAGGAAAAAAAAAAAAUGAGAAAGUCAAUAAAGAAAAAUAAUAUAUAG